AUGAUCAUGGCAGCGCAAGUGGUUUCCGCUGCUGCUCCGACCACCAAUAAGGGGAAAAACCAGACUCUUUCUGGGCUCAGUCAGGACCUAAACCCUGGAGGCACAGGAUCUAUACCUGGAGUAGGAGAUGGGGCUACCAACAACAAUAAUGUGGACCACCUCCACCACCACAACCUUCUCCACCACCACCACCACCUUCUCCAUCAUCAUCACCACCACCACCACCAUGAAGUGAACAUGUCCAAUGCCACUUCAUUAUCAUCUAGUAAUAAUGCCAACAAUAAUAACGGUGGCUCAGAUGCAGGACUGAAGGAUAGUAGAAGCCUGGCAGCCUCCCCUCAAUAUCAUCCUAUGGAGAUGACUGCUGGCGUCCCCAAUCACAAGUUGAAGAGCACUAAUAGUGGGGACUAUCAUGCACCCAUUGCUAACCCACUUCAUCACCAUGCCCAUCACCAUGCACCCCAGCAUCUGCAGCAGCACCCUCCCCACCACCCCAGCCAUCCGCCCCAGCAGCAGCAGCCAGCACCGCCGAAUAAAGGCAGCAGCCCUGGAGGAGGCAGCAGCAGUGAGGCAUCAGACAUGGAGAAUCAGCAGUCUGCUGGAGGAGAAGAGGGCUGCAAUAACACUGCUACAGCAGGGAAGGACCAGGGCGACCCCCAGCCCAGGAGGACGGGCAAGGCAGGAGAAGAGGAUGAGCUGCAGGGAAAGAUGAUGGCUGGGGAGCCCAUGGGCAGCCGGUAUGAGCAUACCAUGCUGCCAGGGGGACAACAACUAGGGAGCAGCAAUAAUAACAUUGGUGGCAGCGCUGGAUCAUCCUCCUCUUCAUCAUCAUCAUCAUCAUCCUCCUCUUCUUCCUCCUCCUCAGCUGAGUUUAAUAAUUAUUAUGGCAGUGCAUCAGCAAACAGAGCAGGGCCUUGCUUUGAUCAACAUGGCAGACAACAAAGCCCUGGUAUGGGCAUGAUGCACUCUGGAUCUGUGGCCCCCGGCAACAACAUGGAUCCCAUACAGAACUCCCAUGAAGGCUAUGGCAGCAGCCAGUAUGACCACUACCAGGGAUACAGCAGGGCCGCUGCUGCAGGAGGAGGGGCUGGAGGCUAUGGCAGCUCUGCCUCUGCAUAUGGGGUACUGAGCUCCCCAAGGCAGAGUAGCUCCAGCACCCCAAAUAACAGCAGCAGCAUGAUGAUAGCGGAGAGGGGUGCCAACCAUGGUAAAACACCCGGUGCUUCCAAUGCGGGGAGCUUCCAUCGCUAUCAGGGACAAAACCAGCACCCUUCAGGGGCCACCCCUACUCUUAACCAGCUCCUGACAUCCCCAAGCCCUAUGAUCAGGAGUUAUGGAGGAAGCUAUACUGACUACAGCACCCCCAGUGCCCCUCAACAACAGGCUUCAAGCACCCAGGGGAGUCAGCAACAUCCAGGGGGCUUGGGGAUGGGCAAAGACAUGGGGUCCCAGUAUGGAGCUGCAAACACAGGCUGGGGAGCACAACAAAGAAAUCACCCAUCUCUGAGCCCUGGCAGCACUGGACAAACCAUCAGCAGAUCCCAGGGCAGUCCAAUGGAUCCAGUGGUAAUGAAAAGGCCUCCACUUUAUGGAAUGGGCAGUAGCCCCUACUCACAGACACAACAAAUUAGUCCUUAUCCUGGCCAGACGUAUGGACCUCAAGGCCCACAAAGAUAUCCAAUGGGAAUGCAGGGGCGUACAAUGGGAGGAAUGCAGUUUCCCCAGCAACAGAUGCCGCCUCAGUAUGGUCAGCAAGGUGUAAGUGGCUACUGCCAACAAGGCCAACAGCCAUAUUACAACCAGCAGUCACAGCCUCCGUAUCCACAGUCCCAGAGUCAGUAUAUUUUGCAGAAUCAGCAGCGGUACCAGUCCCAGCAGGAUGUUCCAGCAGAAACCUAUGGAAGCAGACCUCCACCUUCUUUAAUGGCUUCUGGGAAGACUAACCAUGAAGAAUUGAACCUAAUACAGCAAGAGAGGCCAUCAAGUUUACCUGACCUAUCUGGUUCCAUUGAUGACUUACCAACUGGAACUGAAGCAACGUUAAGUUCUGCUGUAAGCGUUUCAGGUUCUACCAGCAGCCAGGGGGAGCAGAGCAAUCCUGCGCAGUCACCCUUCUCGCCACAUGCAUCACCACAUCUACCAAGCAUUCAGGGUGGUGGGCCAUCACCAUCCCCCGUGGGAUCACCUGUUGGAAGCAACCAGUCAAGAUCAGGUCCAAUAUCACCUGCUAGCAUUCCUGGGAGCCAGAUGCCUCCACAACCUCCAGGUGGUCAAACAGAGUCUAGUUCACAUCCUGCCUUGAGCCAGUCACCAAUGCCACAGGACAGAGGCUACAUACCUGGGGUUCAAAGAAACCACCAGCUGUCACAGUUUGGACCUCAGCAGACUGGGCCCUCUAUGUCCCCUCAUCCAUCUCCUGGGGGUCAGAUGCAUACUGCUAUGACCAGCUUUCCACAAGGAAACUCCACUGCCAAUUAUGGACCACAAAUGAACCAGUAUGGACCUCAAGGAACGUACUCAAGACCGCCAUCAUAUACUGGAGUACCAAACGCGAACUACAGUGGCCCUGGCCCCGGCAUGAAUACGAACAGCCAGAUGCAUGGACAUGGACCAAGCAGCUCCAUGAACAUGGGAAGAAUGCCUGGAAGUGCAGUACAGAACAGGCCGUAUCCUGUAAACAUGGCCAGUAUGACUCCCAACUCUCAACAAGGAGGUCCAGGGAUGGGUCCACCCAUGCCUACUGUGAACCGUAAAGCACAGGAGGCAGCAGCGGCAGUGAUGCAGGCAGCUGCUAAUUCUGCGCAGAACAGGCCACCAUACAUUAGGUCGCCUGCUUAUCCCAGCCAGUCUGGGGCUGGCGGACGCCCCAUGUUUUCCUCACAACAUCCCAACUAUGGCAACUCUCAGGUUCCAAUGAUGCAUCAACCUGAUCAGUACGGGCAAAGUGGCUUUCCUGGCAUGAAUCAGAGUGGUCUUAUGGGAACAAAUUCUUCAUACAGUCAGUCCAUGAAUAACAACGCAGGCAUGAUGAACCCACAAGUGGCCCCAUAUAACAUGAUGAACAGCUCGGCAGGUCACUUAGGCCUUGCUGACAUGAUGAAUCCUGGUGAAGCUAAGCUCCCUCCCUCCCUUAAACAUGACGGCAAAGAAGAUAGGCCACCUCCCCCAGAAACAAAAUCAAAGGAUAGCUACAGUUCACAGUGUAUAUCUCAGCCCCCAACCCCAGGCAACCUGCCAGUCCCUUCCCCACUGUCCCCAAGCUCCGCUAGCAUCUCCUCCUUUCAUGGAGAUGAAAGUGAUAGCAUUAACAGCCCAGGCUGGCCAAAGACUCCAUCAAGCCCUAAAGCCAACUCUUCUACUACUACUGGAGAAAAGAUUACAAAGCUGUAUGAGAUGGGAAGCGAGCCCGAGCGCAAGAUGUGGGUAGACCGAUACUUGACCUUUAUGGAAGAGAGAGGAACACCGGUUUCAACAUUGCCUGCAGUUGGAAGAAAGCCUCUGGACCUGGUCAGACUUUACUUCUGCGUCAAAGAAAUUGGAGGCUUAGCGCAGGUUAAUAAAAACAAGAAGUGGCGAGAACUGGCAACGAACCUGAAUGUUGGCACUUCCAGCAGUGCUGCAAGCUCCCUGAAAAAGCAGUAUAUACAGUACCUAUUCGCCUUUGAAUGCAAGAUAGAAAGAGGAGAGGAGCCUCCUCCUGAGAUCUUCAAUACCGGGGACUCAAAGAAACAGCCUAAGAUUCAGCCACCAUCUCCUGCGAACUCUGGAUCUCUCCAAGGGCCACAUACUCCUCAGUCCACGGGUAGUAACUCCAUGGCUGAGAUGCCUGGCGAUUUAAAACCGCCAACACCUGCUUCAACACCACAUGGUCAGAUACAGCCAAUGCCAGGUGGCAGGAACAGUGCAGUGAGUGUGCAAGAUCCAUUUUCUGAUGAUUCAGGUUUCCCAAAGCGCAAUUCUAUUACUCCUAAUAACCCUUACCAACAAGGGAUGAAUGUACCAGACAUGAUGGUCCGGAUGCCAUAUGAGCCUAACAAAGAUCCCUUCAGUGGUAUGAGAAAAGCGUCUGGAAGCAGUGACUCUUUCAUGCCCCUUGGCCAAAUGCCUAACAGCGGUAUGCCGGAUAUCUACAACCAGGCUCCAUCUGGAGUGAUGUCCACUAUGGGAAUGAAUCAGCGGCAGCAAUUUCCUUAUGGACCUGGAAGUUAUGAUAGAAGGUCAGAAUAUGGCAUGGGUGCUGAAGGCAGUAUGGGUCCGCCAGGUCAAAACAGCAUGGGGGCUUCAAACAGUGAUCCCAGCAUGUAUUCACCCAAUCGAUAUCCAGGACAGCAAAGACAUGAGGCAUACGGUCAGCAGUAUGCAGGGCAAGGACCCCCAUCAGGGCAACCACCAUAUGGAGGGCACCAACCAGGAAUGUAUCCUCAACAACAAAACUACAAACGCCAUAUGGAUGGCAUGUAUGGUCCAUCAUCAAAGCGGCAUGAAGGCGAUUUAUAUAAUAUGCAAUACAGUAGUCAACCGCAGGAUGUGUAUAAUCAGUAUAGCAACACUUACUCUGGACCUGACCGAAGACCCAUGCAAGGCCAGUAUCCUUAUCCCUAUAACAGAGAGCGAAUGCAAGGUCCAGGGCAAAUGCAGCAACAUGCAAUGGGACCACAGAUAAUGGGUGGUCCCAUGCAGGCAUCUACAAAUGAUGGCCCUCAACAGAGCAUGUGGACAUCCCGUAAUGAUAUGUCUUACCCAUACCCAGGAAGACCAGGCCCUGGAGGCACUCAACAGUCGGGAACAUAUCCAGCUAUGAACCGUUCUGAUGACCUAAUGGGUCCCGACCAAAAAAUGAAUCAUGAGGGUCAGUGGCCACCUCAUGGAAAUCAGCGUCAGCCAUCUUAUAUGUCUCCACCAGGAUCCAUGCAACCAAUUACUAGAGCUCCACCUUCUUCUUACCAGACUCCACCUUCUAUGCCAAACCACAUUUCAAGGGUUCCUAGUCCUGCUUCUUUUCAGCGCUCAUUAGAAAACCGUAUGUCACCAAGCAAGUCUCCUUUUAUGCCAUCUAUUAAAAUGCAGAAAGUCAUGCCCAGUGUCCCUCCAACACAAAGCUCUGGGCUUCCUGCUCAGCCUUCUAUGAGACGUGAAAUAACCUUCCCUCCAGGAUCAGUGGAAGCAACUCAACCAAUCUUGAAGUCAAGGAGAAAGAUUAGUUCAAAAGAUAUAGUAACACCAGAGGCUUGGAGAGUGAUGAUGUCUUUAAAAUCUGGUCUUCUGGCUGAAAGUACAUGGGCUUUAGACACCAUCAAUAUCCUGCUGUAUGAUGAUAGCACAGUGGCCACUUUCAACCUGUCUCAGCUACCAGGAUUCAUGGAGCUUUUGGUGGAAUACUUCAGAAAAUGCCUCAUCGACAUAUUUGGGAUUUUAAAGGAAUAUGAAGUUGGUGAAAAUGUCAACAAAGACCUUGAAAACAGCUCUGAAGAUAUGCUGUCUAUAGAAGAGGAAGAAGCUGCUAUGGAUUAUAAGGAGGACACUGAAGAGGAAGAGGAUGAGCUUGAUGAUAAAGAUGAAAAUCAAGAAUUUCAAAGUGUAGCUGAAAAAGACCCUGUAAAAGCUGAGGAUCUCUCUUAUGUGAAAUCAGAAGCAUUGAGUGAUCUUACUUUACGACCUAAACAAGCCAGUAAGUUUGACAAGCUACCUAUCAAAGUUGUGAAGAAGAAUGAUCUUUUUGUUAUUGAUAGAUCAGACCAACUUGGGCGAGUACAGGAAUUUAUUAGUGGACUCCUCCAUUGGCAACUUGGUGGAGGGGACACAACUGAACACAUUCAGACACACUUUGAAAGCAAAAUGGAGAUAUCCAUACGUAAGAGAUCACAACCAACAAUCGGUUCACCAAGUAAAACGAACAAAGAGCUUGAGAUCAAAGUAGUAGAGGAUGAAGGGGACCAACCUGAAAAGAGCAUUACUGCAACCAUCGAUGAUGUCCUGUCUGCAAGACCUGGUGCUCUACCUGAAGACUCAACAAGCUAUUGCUUACAAGCAAACAGCAACAAACAUUCAUUAGGAAUCAACCAAGCCAAAACUCAUAGGAAUAUUACAUUACUGGAAGAUGAGCCAAGAAACAGAGAUGAAACUCCUUUGUGCACAAUAGCCCAGUGGCAAGACUCUUUGGCAAAGCGCUGCAUUUGUGUGUCAAAUAUUAUCCGUAGUUUGUCCUUUGUACCUGGGAAUGAUGCUGAGUUGUCAAAACACCCAGGAUUGGUCUUGAUUCUUGGCAAAUUGAUCUUGCUUCGCCAUGAGCAUCCAGAGAGAAAACGAAAACCACAGACUUAUGAAAAAGAAGAUGAAGUUAAAGGUACCAGCUGUAGCAAAGAUGAAUGGUGGUGGGAUUGCCUCGAGAUUCUGAGGGAAAAUACUUUGGUCACAUUAGCCAAUCUCUCUGGACAACUUGACUUGUCUGCUUACACAGAAAGUAUCUGUUUGCCAAUUUUAGAUGGCUUGCUACACUGGAUGGUAUGCCCAUCUGCAGAGGCACAGGAUCCCUUUCCAACAGUAGGGCCCAAUUCUGUCCUUUCCCCACAGAGACUUGUGCUGGAAACCUUAUGUAAACUCAGUAUACAGGACAAUAAUGUGGACCUUAUGUUGGCCACACCUCCAUUCAGUCGCCAAGAGAAACUCUAUGCGACUCUAGUUAGGUACAUUGGGGACCGCAAAAACCCUGUGUGUCGAGAAAUGUCUGUGGCACUGCUUUCAAACCUUGCUCAGGGGGAUACAUUGGUAGCAAGGGCCAUAGCUGUUCAAAAGGGAAGCAUUGGAAACUUAAUAAGCUUCUUGGAAGAUGGAGUCACCAUGGCCCAGUAUCAACAGAGUCAGCAUAACCUCAUGCAUAUGCAUCCCCCCAAUUUGGAGCCACCUAGCAUAGACAUGAUGUGCAGGGCAGCUAAGGCUUUAUUAGCCAUGGCCAAAGUGGAGGAAAACCGCUCAGAGUUCCUUUUACACGAAGGUCGUUUGUUGGAUAUCUCUAUAACAGCUGUUCUGAACUCUGCGGUUGCCUCUGUCAUCUGUGAUGUACUCUUUCAAAUAGGACAAUUAUGACCCCAGUGGGAUGCCAAGCAUGUGUGAAAGGGGAGUAGGAAGUCACAUAUAACUGGCUAUUUUUCUGUUCUUUUAUCAAAAUUUGAGAGAAGAAAAACAAAAAUGUUAAAAGGAAAAAACAGAUUUGCUCCACAUAUUCAGUCAUUUAUUUACCAAUUUGAAAUUCAAAGAGAUGGUUAACGAGCUCAGAAAAUGAAAUUUGCUGUAUGUGUAUAUUAAUUUUAUUUUAUUUGUCUUAACCAAAGUCAGCGAUUGUUUCAUUCAGAGGUCAUUUUGUAUUCUAUUUCUGUUGGCUGCAUACUUGGGGGGCUGAUUGCUAAAACUGUGCAAGCAUUGUAAAAUGAAAUUGUAUCAAUUUUCUGCUGAAAGUAAUUUUUUAUUUUUUUUUGUUUUGUUUUUUCAUUUUUGAAAUUUGUCCUACUUUGAGUUAAAUGAAAAAAAUGUACCAAACCUGUGUGCAAUAGAACAGUUAGUGACAAUUUAUGUAGCCGAGGAGCCUACGUUUUGGAAAUACUGUUUUUAUCCUUUGGAUAAGAGGAACAUUAGAAUAGGAGCAGAAUGAAUAGACUAUUAUGUGGAAAUUAAAUUAAAAAAAAUACAUUUUUGAAUGGUUAUAUAGAAAUGAGUUGAGUAAUACACACACUGUCAUAAUUCUGGUUUUUGUUUGACUUUCACACUAUGACAACAGCCUUUAGAUAUUUCAUUAUAUAUUUUUUCUAUUUUUUUUUCUACUUCCCAGGGGCUGUAAUGUAUAUAAGAGAUGUAUAGGCCUUCACAUUUUUCUUUUUUUUCCUGUUUUAUAAACUAUUAAUUUUAGUACAUGAUUUGUCUAUUUCCCCAUGAUGUGGUGAAAGUGAUAGAUUUUUAUGGUCAUCUUCUCAUUUUUUUUCCCUCCUAUUCAUGCCACUGAAAAAUGAAUAUUUCUCUCCUGGCCAUAUCUCCAACCAAGAGGGUAAUGUGCAAGUUUCUGUAUGUAUAAAUUAAUGCUCUACUUCAGGAUAGCAGUUGAAUAAUUUGCUUACUGGUCACAAUGUGGAAAUAGUUGUCUGCCAACUGAAUUAGACUAUGGUUAUAUAAUACAGACAGAAGUUAUUACACCAUAAUGGAUGAAGCAACAAAACUAUUGAGGUUUUUCAGUGAUGAAAAUAACAUAUUUGUAUUUCAAGAAAAUGUAGUUACAAAAAAAGAAAAUGAAAAAAACUUGUUGUAAAUUCCACCUUUUCCUCUGGCUUAAUGAAUAUCAUUUAUUCAGUAUAAAAUCUUUAUACUAUAUGUUCCACAUGUUAAGA